UAUGUAGGUCAAACGAAGAUGUCAUUAACAAUGGGCAAGAGAAGAAGGUUCUGACUUUUGCUCACCUUACCUCAAGCCUGUUGGAAAUGAUAAUGUCUUAUCUCGUUUUAAGAGAUAACAUUCGUGCGUCGGCUGUCUGCAAGGCAUGGCGUAAAGCGGCCGAAUCUGUUCGGGUUGUGGAGAAGCAUCCAUGGGUUAUCACCUUUCCGAAGCAUGAAGACUUGACUAUCCUAUACGAUCCAUUGGAACGGAAGAGGUACACACUGAAUUUACCCGAGAUAGUUGGAACCAAUGUUUGUUACUCGAAAGACGGAUGGUUGCUUAUGCGAAGAUCAAGUUUAGUGGACAUGUUCUUCUUCAACCCUUAUACUCGGGAGCUUAUAAACUUGCCAAAGUGUGAGUUGUCCUUUCAAGCAAUUGCUUUCUCUUCUGCCCCUACAUCAGGUACUUGUGUGGUAAUAGCGUUAAGGCCUUUUACGAGAUUUGUCGUUCGUAUCAGCAUUUGUUAUCUUGGAGCAAUUGAGUGGACUACUCAAGAUUUCUCUUGCUCUCUCGGAUUUGACCCCUACAUGCAUAGCAACCUUGUCUAUGCCAAUGACCACUUCUAUUGCUUCAGCUCGGGAGGUGUUCUAGUUGACUUUGAUCUAGCUUCCCGUACAAUGAGUCAUCAAGCAUGGAAUGAACAUAAAUGCCCUUAUAUGCAUAAUGAGGAAUGGUUUAAUCUGCCCAAGAGAAUUUACUUGGCUGAGCAGAAAGGAGAGCUCUUUCUCAUGUAUACAUGUAGCAGCGAGAUACCGAUGGUGUAUAAACUUGUCUCCUCGGAUUGGGAGGAGAUGAGUACUACUCUUGAGGGCGUGACAAUCUUUGCAAGUAUGUACUCUUCAGAGACGAGAUUGGGUGUUCUUGGUAUGUGGAACAGUGUGUACUUCCCAAAGUAUGGUUUACAAGGUAAGGGAUGUGUAUCCUACUCGUUUGAUGAAGGCAGGUUCUAUCCGCGUAAGAAGCUUCCAAAACCAACAAUAUGGCAAAUGCAGAAAGAACUUUGCCCUCUUAGGAGUCUUUGGAUCGAGCCACCGUCUAAGGACAUCUUAGAUUUGAUGAAAUGAUAAGCAGUUGGAUUAUGGUAAAGGUAAGCUGAGCUAGCUUUGCCUUCGGGUACUUUUUUUAUUUGAUCAUUGCAUAUGUGAAACUUAUGGCGAGUUUAAGAUUCUGUACUGUUAUGAAAACUUACUUUUCAGCUUUAUGUUCUUCCGAAGUCUUUUGUAUGUUACUGAUUUGUGGUUAUGCAACAUUUUGAGUUUAUGUUUUAAUUUCCAUAGUCUUUUGCAUGUGAUUUAAUAUUCAU